AUCUGAAUUUUUUAUAUCAUCCCAAAAAAACCAUAAAUUUUAGUAGUUCCAAAUUUGAAAAAAAAACACGAAAUUUCAUUUGAAUUAAAAAAAAAAAUAAAAAUUGUUCUGUAUAGCUGCUGCAAAAAAUACGCCAAAAUUUGGGUAAUACUUUUUCUAGCCAUCAUUGGCAUUUCAUUGGGUUUGGCUCUUGUAUUAAGAAGUAAACAUGAUGGGACAUUAAAGCUUGGUUAUGGUGUUAUUGUUUCAAAUGGUAAUGGCUGCGCCGAGGUUGGAGGAAAAAUAUUAAGCAACGGUGGCUCGGCAGUGGAUGCAGCGAUUGCUACAUUACUAUGUGAGGGUGUGAUGCUGCCUCAUAGCAUGGGGAUUGGCGGUGGGUUUGUGGCUACAAUUUACUGCAAGGAAACAGGAAAAAUUGAAACACUAAUCGCGCGAGAAACCGCGCCAGCUGAUUCAGAUGAGAAAAUGUUUAUUAACAAAAAAAUUACGGGCGCUCUAGCUGUUGCUAUACCCAGUGAAAUAUAUGGAUAUUGGUGUUUGCAUGCUAAAUAUGGAAAAUUGCCUUGGAAGGUAUUAUUUGAACCGACAAUUGAGCUAUGCUUUAAAGGUCUUAAAGUUUCAAAAUAUCUGGCGGAUGUAUUAAACUUAUAUUGCGAUCGCAUAUGCAAUGAAGUCUCAAUGGCUGAGAUAUUUAUUAAUCCAAAAACUAAUGAGCUGUACAAAGAAGGGGAAAUAAUGUAUCGCCCAAAAUUAGGUGAAACGUUGAAAAUAGUUGCUGAAGAAGGGCCAGGAGUUAUUUAUAAUGGUGGGAGAGUUGGCAAAAAGCUGGUACAAGAUAUACAAGAAAUGGGGGGAAUUGUUACAGAGUCAGAUUUAAAAAAUUAUGAAGUACGUUGGGAAGAUACAGUUGAAGUGAAAUUUAAGCAUGGUUAUACCUUACAUACCACCCCAUUGCCAACUAGUGGUGUUGUGCUGGCUUUUAUACUAAAUGUUAUGGAAACAAUGUAUACAAAAAAUGAACCGGUAUUUUGGCAGCGACUGAUUGAAACUUUCAAACAUGCAUAUGGACAUCGAACCUUACUUGGCGAUAUUCACUUUGAACCGCAUGUUUCUGAAACAUACAGAAAUAUGCUUGACCCUAGUUUUGCUGCCAAAUCUCGAGAGCUUAUCUUAGACGAUCGCACAUACAUUGAUUUCGCUCACUAUGGUGCGAACUUUACAAAUGAAGAGGACAGGGGAACAGCCAACAUUGCUAUAUUAGCACCAAAUGGGGACGCUAUCGCAGUAACAAGUACAGUAAACAGUCAUUUUGGUUCCAAAGUUCGAUCCCGUCAAACUGGAAUUAUACUUAAUGACGAAAUGGAUGAUUUUUCGACUCCAGGAGUUAUAAAUGCAUAUGGUAUACCAUCUUCACCUUCCAAUUACAUAAAACCUGGCAAGCGUCCUUUAAGUUCAACAUGUCCCAGCAUAGUGCUUGAUCAAAAUGGAGAUGUUAAGUUAAUGGUAGGGGGUGCAGGAGGAUCUCGAAUCACUACCUCUGUUGCUCAGGUUAUAAUCCGGUAUUUAAUGCUAAAUAAUACAUUACAAGAAUCUCUUGAUGCUGGACGUGUACAUCAUCAGCUGGCACCUAUGCAAGUAGACGUAGAACCAGAAGUACCAGAUCUUGUUAGCAGUUAUUUGUUAAAAGUUGGUCAUGAUAUUAAUUAUUUGGGUGGAGAUAAAGCAUAUUCAGCUCUAACUGCAAUCGGCCUAAAAACUGAGAUGCCUCAGGCCGCAUGUGAUCGUCGUCGUCUGGGAAGCUGGAAAAUUAUUGUUCCAGAUGUUUAGUGUCCAAAGAACCACUGAUAUAAUAUUUCACGUGGCUUGAUCUCAGUAAACCUGCAUUGCUGCUGAUUUCUAUUAUCAAUCAAUUCAUUUUAAAGUAGUCUUCUAAACUAUAUUAUAAAUCAACUUAUUCAUAUACAUAUAUAAUAUAAAUAUUUCGGUAUUCCGUGAAACAUUUUUCUUGAUACUUGUACUCUUAAUAUCAUGACAAAUAAAUAAUUUUUGAAUUUGAUUAGAAAGGUUA